GAGGACGAACCAAAACAACAGAGGAGCGAAUACAAACGUCGACCUGGAGAAGUAUUUACUAACUGAAUCUGAUUUUUUGAACGUUUUUAUUCCUUUCUGGUGGUCAACAUGUCUGAUGAGGAGGAGGACUACAUGUCAGACGCCUUCCUCAGUAAAAUACAGGAUGUGAAACCAGGUGUCAGCAUGGUGAGGAGGGUCAAAGAAGCGAUGAAGAAGGAGAGCCAACAUCAGGAGACGAACGUGAAGAACCGACAGAAGAGCUUCAAAGAGCAGGAGAAAGAAAGUAGAGAAGCGGCUUUACAAAACUCCCUCAGCAAUCAGAACAAGGGCUUCGCUCUCCUGCAGAAGAUGGGUUACAAAGCCGGUCAAGGCCUCGGGAAGCAGGGUGCAGGGAGGGUGGAUCCUAUUCCCCUAAAUAUUAAAACAGACCGAGGGGGCAUUGGAAUGGAAGAGGUGAAGAAAAGAAAAGCAGAGGAAGAACUGGAAAACUAUCGACAGAAAGCACGAGCCAGCCAACAGAAUGAAAUCAAAUCUGUGGAAGACUUCAGGUCAAGAGUACGGACGGAGAGAGAGGAGCGCAAGAUCGAAGGAGAUCUCAGGAGGAGUCGGAGAGCCUGCGAGCAGCUCGACAGUCAGAAGGGCAUCAGCGUCCCCAGAGAGGACUGGUACUGGCCCAAUGAGGAGGAGGAUGCUCCUAAGGACGAGGAGGAGGAGGAGGAGGAAGAAGAAGAGGAGGAGGAGGAGGAGGAGGAAGAGACGGAGCAGUUAACUUCCUUUGACAAACUUCAGAUCCUGACGUCCUACCUGAGAGGAGUCCAUUUUUACUGUAUUUGGUGCGGGACCACCUAUAACGACGAAGACGACUUAUGCUCCAACUGUCCUGGAGACACCGCCGCAGACCACGAAUGAAGCUGCACAGAAGACGUUAAAGAAAUGUUUGUUAAAGAGCGCAGACAGAUUUCAUGUGAAACUCGAGCUCAGCUGUAAAAAAAAAAAAAAAAAAACUGUUGUGUGAUCAGAAUUAGGAGAACUUUUAUACGGUGGCUGAGAAGUGCCAAACAGAUUUACAAAGUGUGAAACCAAGCAGCAACCUCCAGUGCUGGAGUGUAACAUCCUGCAGUUCCUGGAGUGUCCACUAGAGGCUGGCUGCAGAAGCACAGGAAGUCACAUACACACCCAUUCUAAAAAGCCUGUUUUUACAGCAGAGAUUAACAUGUUUACAGCCUGGUUCAAAAAACCAAAUAGGUGUGAUUAGCUCUCAGAGAUUACAAGUCGGAAUUCCGACUUCAAGAAGGGCGUUCCUGACCGGCAACUCAGUAUUUCUGAUUCACAAGAUCAAAUAAAACGCAACAUAAAGACUCAGGUGGGCUCACCAUAAACUCUGUAGAACACAUUUAAAAGUGAUCUACCUGAUUUGUAAAUGUGUGUCAGCGUUCGUCAAAGAGUUUCACACAUUGUUUUUUUUUGGUAUUCACUUCCCAGCCACCGUACAUUUCUUCAUCCUCCAUCUGUCCUCCAUCCUCAGAAUCUCUGUUUGUACUGCACCUUUCUGGCUAUUCAGGAUAUAUUUUAAGUAUUUAUACUUUAAAAAGAUUUGCUAAGUUUUUUUUAGACAAAUAUUUCAAGAGAAAGUCCAAACCUGUGUUUUCAUUAAAUGUUGUUUUUUUUAA